UGUCACAAGGCAUGGCCCUUGCAGUUCUCCUUCAGCCCCCUUCUGCACUGGCUGAGGUAGGGUCCUGCCCAUUGCUCUCCCAAUCCAAUUAUGUCUUCUACUCCCCAGAGCAGUGCAGAAGCCCUUGCUCACCCCGAGCCAUGUCUACACUCAGCCCUCCAGUCUGAACAGAGAGCAGCCGUGACUCCCAGGACUCAGAGGCAAGGCCGAAGGCAAGCACGCUGCUUCAGUCCACGGAAGCCAUGACGAAGACAACCACUUGUGUAUACCACUUCCUUGUUUUGAACUGGUACAUUUUCCUCAAUUAUUACAUCCCACAUAUUGGAAAGGAUGAAGAGAAGUUAAAGGAAUUCCACGAUGGUGGACGUUCAAAGUACUUGACACUCCUUAAUCUGCUCUUGCAGGCCGUUUUCUUUGGAGUCGCCUGCCUGGAUGAUGUGCUGAAAAGAAUCAUAGGAAGGAAAGACAUCAAGUUCAUCACAUCCUUCAGAGAUCUACUUUUUACCACAUUGGCUUUUCCUAUCUCCACAUUUGUAUUCCUGGUAUUCUGGACCCUCUUUCACUAUGAUCGAAGUCUCGUUUACCCCAAGGGCCUGGAUGAUUUCUUUCCAGCAUGGGUUAAUCAUGCAAUGCAUACCUCCAUAUUGCCCUUCUCACUGGUUGAAGCCAUUCUCAGACCUCACCACUAUCCAUCGAAGAAGCUAGGACUCGCCUUGUUGGGUACUUGUAACAUCGCCUACAUUAUCAGGAUCCUGUGGCGUUACUCUCAGACUGGAAACUGGGUGUAUCCUGUGUUUGCCUACCUCAGCCCACUGGGUAUUAUCAUCUUCUUCUCAGCUGCUUACAUCCUGAAUGCCGGCAUCUACCUGCUUGGAGAGAAGAUCAAUCACUGGAAGUGGGGUGCCACAGUGAAGCCAUGGAUGAAGAAGAAAUGACCACACACUAUUUUCCAAGAGCCAUGGGAGAAGAAACCUAAGAACUGGUCAUCUUUCUGUUAUUCUCAUUAUCAUUAUUUCUUUUGAGAUCAUUGGUAGAAUAGCAUGGGGAGAUAGAAAGGACAGAGAAUGAUGCAUACAUUUAAUAAAGGGUAUGAAGGGA